AACCAAACCCGAUAAUAAAAACACACGCAAAAAAAAGGGGCUGUUUCAACCCUAAACCGCCACAAACCACCGUCACAAUGCAACGUUUCGCGCCACAACCACCAACCAAAACCCUCAAACAAGAGCUUCUUUUAAAGAUCCCACGAUGCACCGUUCACUUAAUGGACAACGGCGACGCUUUGGAACUCGGCAAAGGCGAGUUCAAGCUCGUACGUGUACUAGACGACGACGUUCCACUCGCCACUAUCGUUAAAGUCACCGACGAUCUUCAAUGGCCGUUGACGAAGGACGAACCGGUGGUGAAGCUUGAUUCGGUUCAUUACCUUUUUUCUUUGCCGGUGAAAGAUGGGAAACCGUUGAGCUAUGGGGUGACCUUCGUGGGGCGUGGACAUGGGAAUAGCUUGAGCUCGUUGGACUCGUUUUUGAAAGAGCACUCGUGCUUCGCCGCCGGCGUGGGUUCGACCGGCGAUAAGCACGUCGAUUGGAAGGCGUAUGCACCGAGGAUUGAGGAUUAUAACAAUGUUUUGGCGAAGGCUAUUGCUGGAGGGACGGGGCAGAUUGUUAAAGGAAUCUUCACAUGCAGCAAUGCUUAUAUUAGCCAGGUCCAAAAAGGAGGAGAAACCAUUUUAAGGCAACCACCAGGGAAAACUCAUGGGAUCAUUUCAAGUAAGAGCAACAAAAGCAAGAGUGAAGCCAACAACAAUAACCUUAAACGUGUUAGAAACCUAUCGAUAAUGACAGAAAAGUUGAGCAAAACAAUGUUGGACAUGGUUGGUAUAGCAAGUGGAACCGUAAUGGCACCUUUGCUUAACUCCAAGCCUGGCCAAGCUUUCCUUUCAAUGCUUCCUGGCCAAGUUCUUUUAGCUUCCCUCGAUGCUGUUAACAAGGUUCUUGAUGCAGUUGAAGUUGCUGAAAAGCAAGCUUUAUCUGCUACAUCCACUGCAGCAACUAGAGUGAUGACUCAUAGGUACGGCGAAAGAGCAGGCGAAGCGACGGAAGAUGCGCUAGCAACUGCGGGGAACUUGGCAAGCACAGCUUGGAAUGUGUUCAAGAUAAGGAAAGCAUUCACUCCCAAGUCCACUGCCACUUCUGGGUUAUUGAACAAUGCUCCCAAGUAUAACUAGAAAAUCUUAUUAAACAUUUCAAGAUUAGCAAACAAAUGUAACAAAAUAUUCGUGUUUAGACACAUAUUCGGGUAUGAAUACUGAUAUGAUGAAAAUUAGAACCGAAGUAAAUCUACUUACGUUACGUAUGAUUAGCACUUAAA